GGUAAACAUCGACGGUCUUUGCCGAUGACGUCAUCGAUAGAAACAAAAUGGGUUCUCUAAGAAGAUUUAAAGAUCUGCUCAAAGUGAAUCUCAAUAAAUCUUGAGGAAUAUAAUAAUAUGUAUAUAUAUAUAUAAAAUAAUGUUAGUAGUCAACAUGUAGAAGUUAAUAUGAAUGCGCUAUUAGUUUAGAGAGUAAGUAACUAAGUAGAAUGUCGAGAAAGAAAAGUGACGAGUGCGUGAAGGUGGUGGUUCGCUCUCGGCCGAUGAAUCGGAAAGAGAUCGCAGAGGGCUUCAGAGAGGUCGUUCACGUCGACUCGAAACGAGGCAACGUCGAAGUGCAAAACCCGAAAGCAGACCGCACCGAGCCACCAAAGUCCUUCACCUUCGACGCCGUCUACGACAGCAGUUCUCGACAGACUGAUCUCUACGAUGAAACCUUCCGGCCGCUCGUGCAGUCAGUGCUGGAAGGAUUCAAUGGAACGGUGUUUGCCUAUGGUCAGACAGGGACAGGCAAGACGUUCACGAUGGAGGGCGUUCGGAACGACCCGGAACUGCGCGGGAUGAUUCCGAACUCCUUCGACCACAUCUUCACGCACAUCUCGCGCUCGAAGGACCAGCAGUACCUAGUCAGGGCCUCCUACCUCGAGAUCUACCAGGAGGAGAUCCGCGACCUGCUCUCGAAGGACCAGGCGAAGCGCUUCGAACUGAAGGAGCGGCCCGACACGGGCGUCUACGUGAAGGACCUGUCGUCGUUCGUCUGCAAGAGCGUGAAGGAGAUCGAGCACGUGAUGACCGUCGGCAAUCAGAACCGCAGCGUCGGCGCGACGAACAUGAACGAGCACAGCUCGCGCUCGCACGCGAUCUUCAUUAUCACGAUCGAGUGCAGCGAGCUGGGGCCCGACGGCGAGAACCACAUUCGCGCGGGCAAGCUGAACCUCGUCGACCUCGCCGGCUCGGAGCGGCAGGCGAAGACGGGCGCCGCCGGCGAGCGCCUCAAGGAGGCGACGAAGAUCAACCUGUCGCUGUCGGCGCUCGGCAACGUCAUCUCGGCGCUCGUCGACGGCAAGAGCUCGCACGUGCCGUACCGCGACUCGAAGCUGACGCGCAUUCUGCAGGACUCGCUCGGCGGCAACGCGCGCACGGUGAUGGUCGCGAACAUCGGGCCGGCGAGCUACAACUACGACGAGACGAUGACGACGCUGCGCUACGCGAACCGCGCCAAGAACAUCAAGAACCGGCCGAAGGUGAACGAGGACCCGAAGGACGCGCUGCUGCGCGAGUUCCAGGAGGAGAUCGCGCGGCUGAAGAAGCACCUCGCCGAGCGCGCGGGCGGCGGCGGAGGCGGCGGGCGGAAGCGACGGCGGCGGCGGCGCGGGAAAGUCGAGUACGACGCCGACGGCCGCGAGAUCAUCGAAGAGGAGGUCGACGACGAGGACGAGGACGGCGACGACGACGUCGACGAGGAGACGCUGCUCAAGCAGCAGCGCGACAAGCUGGAGGCGGAGAAGGUCGCGAUUCUCAACGACAAGAACAUGAUCGCGGAGGAGCGCGAGAAGCUGCUGAGCGAGGCGCAGCAGAAGGAGCAGGAGCUCGCGCGGCACCACAAGCAGAUGCACGACGUGCACAGCAAGAUCAAGGCGAUGGAGAGCAAGCUGCUGUCCGGCGGCAAGAACAUCAUCGACCACACGAACGAACAGCAGAGGGCGCUGGAGCAGCGGCGGCUCGAGAUCGCCGAGCAGAAGCGGCGGCAGCGCGAGAUGGAGCAGACGCUCGAGACGAAGGAGGCGAGCGCGAUGGAGAUCGGCGAGACGUUCUCCAACCUGCGGCAGGAGGUCGAGAUCAAGACGAAGAAGCUGAAGAAGCUUUUCGCGAAGCUGCAGGCGACAAAGUUGGAAAUCCAGGACAUUCAGGAGGAACACAGCCGAGAGCGACAGGAGCUAGAAGAGACACAGAAUUCGCUCACUAAAGAACUGAAACUCAAGUACCUAAUUAUUGAAAACUUCAUCCCACUGGACGAAAAGAACAAGAUGAUGAACAGGUGUGUGUUUGAGGAGGAGGAUGACACGUGGAAGCUCACACCUCUCUCGAAGGCUCUCGGCCAGUACGACUUCCAGCAUCCCGUCGCGAGCACCGGCUACAGGCGACCCAUGACGGAGUUUGCAAAGAUGGCCGCCAUGGUCGGAGGCAACCCACGAUAUAAAGGCGAGAACGUGCUCAGCCUGCAGCUGGACGUUCCCGAGCGGACGACGGCCGACUACCGCGGCCCCCAGGUGGCGCCACGCAUGCAGGCGGCGCUCGACGCCGCGCUCAGGGAUGAGGAGGACGAGGUCAUCGACGCGAGCUUAAACAACCUGAAGCCGAAGAUGCGCAAGGACAAGCUGAACAAGGCGAGGCCGCGCACGGCUAGCCGCACGCUCGCCGGCGACCCGGCCGUUGCCGCGGCGACGCAGCAGCACUACCCGCAGUCACGAGGCCUCAUCCCAAAAUAGGUGGCCGCCCGAAGGUAGCGAGCAUCUGCGUAAACGCAAUCAAGUUUUUCGGCUACGUCGCCGUCUUCCUGAAGGUCGUCGAUGUGCUCCAUGCCGUCACGGGCGCGAUCAAGUCGGUGACGGACCUCGCGUGGCUGUACGACGCCUGCGGGGAACGGUGACGCGUGUAACCGCACGCUCCCCGCCGCCGCCGCGUCGCGAGCGGCGAGGGCGGCGUAGCUAUACGCGUCAUCGUCUUCUCAACGCGACGCGCAUCUCCCUGCCUCCGCUGGUUAUCGACCCAGAUCCGCUCGACGAAAUUAUACGGUCAGCAUCAGCCAAUCGGCGGCCCGACGGGACACUCUAAAAACAAUGCUUAGUAACGACGAGCUGCUAGCUCGAUAUUUGGCGCGCAUCAUGUAGGAACAGAUGUCUCGAUCGGGCGGAUAGGUCAGUGUGGCCCCAAACGGUUGGCAUCAAUGGAGCGGUGAGGUCUCAACUCUGCGUUUUGGUUUUC